UAUUAUUUGAACACACGUGAUGAACAAAUAAAUAUCUAUUCUCGGGAAUAUUGAGUUGCUAUAAUAUUUUACGUUAAUAAAGAAAUUCACAACCGUUUUCGACAAUAGGCCUAGGUCUUAUUACAGUACUUGCAUUACUUUUCUUUUGCAUAAUAUUUUUCUUUUAUAUAAGCCUGUUAUAAAUUAAUAUUAUGUUAUGUAAGGGUGAAUGAAGACUAUCCAUCAAUUAUUAUUAUUAUUAUUAUUAUUAUUAUUAUUAUUAUUAUUAUUAUUAUUAUUAUUAUUAUUAUUAUUAUUGUAUUCUAUACAACACCUGCAGUAUGAAUAACAUGUUUUGUUCUGUCGAUUGUAUUAUCAUUCCAUUGAAAAUAAGAGAGAAUCUAAAUAGGUGUUACAUAAUAAUAUAUAAUAAUAUUGAUAAUAUUAUUAAUAAUUAUAUAUAAAUACAUACAGGCUAUGAAUUUAUUAAUUUAAAUAUUAUCGCAUUAUAUAUUAUCAUAUAGGUAUUAUUAUUAAUAAUAUCUCCACGAUUUGAUAAAGAAUCUUAUUAAAUUUUGAAAAUCGAAGGUGAGAUCGAUGCAUAGAGCUAUUAUUAUUAUUAUUAUCUCUAUGGGUCGAUGUGAUUUAUAAGUGUAGCUAUGGUAACUACCCUACCACAUUGAGACGUGCGCUCUGACUAAUUGAGCAUAUAACGCGCGUUUCACCUACGCAAAGCCACACACGACAAACUAUAACCUUUGAAACAAAAUAUAGCUCAUUUACAAUUGUAUUACAAAAAGGAUUAUUUAAAAGUUACAAAUACAAUUUAAAAAAAACAAAAAAAAACAAAAAAAAAAACCCAUACACAAUAAUUUACAGAUUGAAAAAAAUAAGUAUCAAAGUGUCUAUUGGUGUCUCGGCGAAGUGAUGAUUAAUUACGCACAACGUGCGCGCACGCUGACGAACACGUUCUAUUAUACGCAUUUAUAGAUUUGAAAAAAGUGAAAUAGCACUCGCCUUUUUUUUUAUCUAAUAUAAUGAAAAUAUGGCGUGUUUAUCAAUCCAUUUUAGCGUAGAUCGUCGUCAAAAGCUAGCAACAAUUCUCCAAUUUUUUUCUUGGUCGUGUGUGAUAUGUGGCAUUGUUUUAGUCUCUCUUGGUACAUUUAUUAGUCUGCAUGUCCAAGCAAAGGUAAACCUAAUUGAGGGGUAUGAUGGCUCUAUCCUUCCGAAGAUGCUUAUCAUUGUCGGCACUCUAGUUGUCAUAAUUGACCUGAUAGGCGGUAAAAUAUGCCAAGACAUCUCAGACCAUCGACGAUUGCAUAGGUUCGAGAUGUGCUUAUUCCCAUUGGUGAUAAUUUUGUUUCUUCUUGAUAUUUGCGUGUUAACUGCUGCGUGUAUGUGUUUCGCACAUCGAGUGCAACUCUCACAUUCGAUACAUAAUGGUUUAGUGAAUGCUAUGUAUAGAUACAAGGAUAACAUGACAUACAAAGUCGAAAUCGAUGAGCUUCAACAGAAAUUUGAAUGUUGUGGGAAUAAUGGCUUCGAAGAUUGGUUCAACUUGCAAUGGAUUCACAAUAUGUAUCUCAACACAGAGGACAAAGAGAUAAAAAGUAAGAUGAAAACGGGUGAGUUUCUGAUCGACGACGUGCCAUUUAGCUGCUGUCGAACGAAUGCUUCGCGUGCGUGUAUACAUCAUCACGUGACAGACAGCGAUCUUCACUUCAAUUACCGUUUCCCAGCCGAUUUGACGAUAUAUCAAGUGGGAUGCCGAGAUCAACUGAUUGAAUACUUCAGCAAGAAGCUAAAAAAUAUUGGAACAGUGGCAAUUUAUGUGUUUGGACUGCAGUUUAUUAUAGUUAUUUGCAUGAGGUAUCUUCAAACUUCGAUUGCAAAUGCUAGAAAGAACGGAGACCCGAAGUCGGAUGCGCCCGGCUGGCUGUUUGACAAAGAUGCCGGUAAAAAUGAGGGCGGGAUAGAAGCAGUCGAAGCCCAACAUCAACCACAAGAGGAAGAGUACAGCGACGAUUUUGAUAGUGACCAUUUCUCAUCCGACGAUGAAAAACAACCAUUAUAUGAAAAUCAACAGAUAUAUCAAAAUGACCCGAUAUGUGAAAAUGACCCAAUAUAUGAGAAUAUGCAAUUUCUCGACGAACUGGGGGGACUGGGCGGAGGCGGAAAUGAAAAGCCCGGAGAAAAAGAAAAGAAACGCAAGUCAGAAAAAGAUGGAGCAGAUAAGAAAAAUAAGUCUCAAAAGACGAAGAAAAAUCAAUCUCCAACAUCGAAGAAAAACAAGUCUCCAACAUCGAAGAAAAAUAAAUCUCCAACUUCGAAGAAAAGUAAAUCUCCAACAUCAAAGAAAAACAAAUCCCCAAUGUCGAAAGGGACAUCUAAGGUGGGAACAAAGGGGAAAAUGGGAAAGAAAACGAAUAAGAUGGGAGGAGGAAAAAUGAAAAUGUCAGGAAAGGGUAAAAUGGGAAAACGUCCAAGAAACAGAAAUAGAAACAAUUGCGAUUUCAGCUUCUCGUCUAGUAAUUAUACAUCUAGUAGCGAUGAAGUUGAAAUAUUUCGUGUUCAGGAAACAUUUUGAGUUCAAAAAUUACGUUUGAUGCACUAAGUCCAUUGAUAAAUGUGUAAGUUAAGCCUCGUUGCUAAAGAAUGUGCAGGUAUAAAAUGUCUCCUGAAAUAACUUCGAGGAUCCUUUUAUGCUCUGUUGAAACAAACUCUCAGUCGAUGUGAUAGGCUGGAAUUAGACCUACAUAAAUCUUCGCUUAGACAGGCACGGCUUUCAUAUGUGAAGAAAAUGUACGAACAAUGACGUGCACUCGUAUGAAAACGGCUUUUUCAUACAUGAAAUUAAAGUACAAAUUGUCUUAAACAUCCAUACAAGUUUUUUUAAUGUUAGCCAACGAAAAUAUAAGAAUGACUUUCCAAAUUAGAAUCACUUAACGCAGAGUGGAAAUCGCCCGUUCAAACACCAGAAUGAAUAUUAUUGAAACACUGAUGAAAAAAAUAGAAAAAGAAUCAAUGAAUCGCCGAUGAAAUUACUGUUUUGCCUUGUAUAACGAAUGACAUGUAUUGAAGCAAGUGUUGGCCUGCAUGUGAUUUGUCCGCAAUUUUCAAUGGAAAUCAAAAAUGAUACUUAUACAUCACAUAUUUGCGUGUUUUGGUUUUGGAAUAGCGUGAAAUGCGUCAAGCGCAAAGGAAUCAAAAGCAUCACGUGAACGGGAAUCCACAUCAAACGUUUCGUGCUACAGGGGUUAAUUUUACUUAUUUACUCUAUACGUAGCUGUCUAUAUAGUAAUAAUCAACCAAUCACGGACUGUACUUUGGUAAAACGAAAAUGUAGAGUGCUGAGGCAUAUCAAAUAAACAUGACUCUGGCUACUUGUUAUACGUGAUGAUGAGCACGAUGGAUACAUAAUGUAUAUGCCCACAAAUCUGUUAGUGCUGAUGCGAGAAAUUGACGUUAAACAUAGUGGAACUUUGGGUGUUGACAUCAUUUAAUAUACUGUAGGCUACCUUCAUCUUCAAGUGUAAACAAUUCAAUAUUAUAGAAUUGAAUUGCCCGUUUUUGCUCUAAUGUAGUACUGGAGCGAGUUGGUUAGUGUAAUAAUACAUUACACUAAAACUGAAAGAAUGUCAGUAAAACUACCAACAUGUAACUGAUAAGCCAAUUCGUAGUUCUACCUGCGCAUGCACGUAUCAAAGGUCAAUCAACAUAAACCACUGUUGCGUGUUCAUGUUGAUUGACAUAGAUACAGGGAUGUGAAGGUAGAACUACGAACUGGCUUAUUAAUGCAAAUAUUAAAGGAGAGAUGUAAUUUAUAGGUUUGAUAUACCAUGGAUAUACCUGCUCAGUAUAAUUUUCAAUUUAAUAUUUUUUUAAACUUCUUUUUUGUAGUUCAAUACAAACAGAAUAUACUAUUUUAAUCUGCUGUAUUAUAUUUACCAACUGAGCAUUAAUAUUAAUAAAUGCUUGUUAAGCUACAUGGAGAUUGUGUUCAAUAAAUUAAAUGUAUGGUUGGAUAUAUUGAAUAUGAGCAACAAAAGCAACCGGCAAAUUAAGUGACAGUAAAUAAGUGGCGAAUCCAUGGGUUGGGUGGGUGGAAGGGACGCUCACCCUUUCCCCACCCCAGAAGCAGCCAAGAAACCGCUAACCAAAUUGUUUACAUAAGACAUUAAAAGACAAAAACACCGGAGCUUACAGGGGACCAUAUCAUACGGAAGGGGACACCAUUCCUAAACCAUACCACUCAGAACAUACUAGUUUAUUUGUGCUUCACCCCUUGGAUCUGUUCUUCAGCAUA